GUGGUGCACCGCGACAUCAAGGACGAGAACCUGCUGGUGGACCUGCGCUCCGGGGAGCUCAAGCUCAUCGACUUCGGCUCGGGCGCGCUGCUCAAGGACACGGUCUACACGGACUUCGACGGCACCCGCGUGUACAGCCCUCCGGAGUGGAUCCGCUACCACCGCUACCACGGGCGCUCGGCCACCGUCUGGUCCCUGGGGGUGCUGCUCUACGACAUGGUGUGCGGGGACAUCCCCUUCGAGCAGGACGAGGAGAUCCUGCGGGGCCGCCUCUUCUUCCGCAGGAGGGUCUCCCCAGAGUGCCAGCAGCUCAUCCAGUGGUGCCUGUCCCUGCGGCCCUCGGAGCGGCCCUCGCUGGACCAGAUCUCCGCGCACCCCUGGAUGCUGAUGGCCGCAGCCAGCACCACCUCCAGCAGCGAGAGCUUGUGAGGAGGGACUGCGCCCGGCCUGUGGGGGCAAAGGGACCACCGCCCCGCCCCGCCCUGUAGGGCUUGUCCUCCUGGGCUGUCUGCUGGAGACAGCAGUGACCUCUGACCCCUGGUGACCUUGACCUUUGGCACUGGGCCGUUUCCUUUGCUUUGAGUGCCUUUUCGAACGCUGCUCUCCCGGGGCUGGUUUCUGAGCUGUCUGUCCAAAGACUCUGGUGGAGGCGGCCGUCUCCCUGCCCUGUGCUUCCGGGAGGGCCCGCCCCGCACCUCCCACCUCCCACCUGACCACCUGGGCCGGGAGCGCUCGUGUCCGUGGCUUCGUCUCACCGGGCACAGGGUCCUCGUGCCCACCUCCCGCCCCCGCCCCCUCGGUGUUCCUGCGGGCACGUCUGUGCACAAGCAAUGCAAUGUGCAGGCCUCUGCCGCCCACACGGCGCCCCCUGUCUGUGGCUGGCAAGCCUGCGAACGUCUAUUUAUGGUGACCCCGGGAGGGCUAUUUAUUGUUUAACUUAUUUGUUGGGGUCCUCCUCAGCCCCCCACUCUGCUGGGCCCCUGGGGCGCGGUGGCUGUGUGUGGACCCAGUCGGACCCACCUGCCUCUGUCGAGGAUGGGCUUGUACAGUGGCUAUUUAAGGGGAGGGGUGGCCGCCACUUGGGGCUCUGCACCCUGGGAGUGGGUUUUAAAUUAUUGACCUUGUACAGUCUGCUUGUUGGCUCUGGAAUCUGGGGGGUGGGGGGGGUGGGGAACGACACAGAGUCUCAAGCCUUUAAUUUAUUUUAGUAGCUGUUUCUGUGGUCCUGGUGCACCCGCAUCAGGACGGGGUUCUUUCAGUUUAAAAGCAAGAUGUCUGGAAAUCAUAUUUUUUAUACAAGCAUUUCAAUUAAAUUGUUUUGUAUA